AUGGCAUCUGAAUACGUUAAUCUUUUACCAAAAGAUGGGAAAUGGAGACAACAAAUUACUGAUUUUCUAAGUGAAGAUGUUCCUUCCUUUGAUUUUGGUGGGUUUGUAGUUGGAUCGAAACCAGAAACAGCUUUCUUAUACAUGAAACAAGAGGGUUUAAUUUGUGGUGUUCCAUUUGCAGCAGAAGUAUUUAGACAAUGCGAGUUACAAGUGAAAUGGCAUUUUGACGAGAAGACAUAUAUACAUCAGAACGAGCUUGACCAAAGUAAUGGUAAAAUUGUAGUUGCUACUGUUACUGGAGCAGCUAAGAAUAUACUAUUAGCCGAAAGAACGGCUUUGAAUUUAUUAGCUAGAGCCUCCGGUAUUGCUACACAGUCAUAUAUUACUAAGAAGCUUGCUGGUGAAAAUGGGUACACCGGAGUAAUUGCUGGUACUCGGAAAACUACUCCGGGAUUAAGGUUGCUUGAGAAAUACGCAAUGCUUGUUGGAGGAGUCGACACUCACAGGUACGAUUUGAGCUCAAUGGUUAUGUUGAAAGACAAUCAUAUUUCCUCAACAGGUAGCAUUACACACGCGGUACACAAAGCAAGAUCAGUUUGUGGAUUUGCCGUGAAAGUAGAGGUUGAAGUUAGUUCUGAAAAAGAUGCUAGAGAAGCCAUUGAGGCUGGCGCCGAUGUGAUAAUGUUGGAUAAUUUCAGAGGAGAUGAAUUGAGAAAAGUUGCUCAAAGUUUGAAACAAUAUUACAGUGGCUGUAACAAAGCCUUUUUGUUGGAGUGUUCUGGUGGCCUUACUUUAAAGAAUUUGAGCAGUUAUCUCUGUAAUGACAUUGACAUCUAUUCAACUUCAUCAAUUCAUCAAGGAACAGGCAUUAUCGAUUUUUCAUUAAAAAUUCUUGCAAACUAA